AUGGCGAAAACUAAAGAAACUAUUAUUGCUUCAACAAACAACCAACAAUAUGCUGAAACAGUGAGUCGGCAAUUUCAUCAAGUUCUUAAUGCAAUUUUAAAAUUAUAUCCUAUUUUGCUCAAGAAGCCAGAACCUAUUACUCAGGAUUAUCAAGAUGAGAAGUGGAAAUGUUUUCAGGGAUGCUUAGGAGCAUUAGAUGGAACAUUAAUUAAAGUUACACCUCCUACAGAAGAUAAACCUCGUUUUCGCACUAGAAAAGGGUGUAUUUCAACUAAUGUAUUAGGUGUUUGUUGCCCAAACAUGCAAUUCAUAUAUGUAUUACCUGGUUGGGAGGGAUCAGCACAUGAUGGUCGUGUGCUUCGAGAUGCGAUAUCAAGACCGCAUGGUCUAAGGGUCCCUCGAGGUCGUUAUUACUUGGUUGACUCUGGAUAUUGCAAUGCAAAUGGAUUUCUUGUCCCAUAUCGAGGACAACGAUAUCACCUAAAAGAAUUUGAUGGCCAUCGACCGGAGACACCAGAGGAAUACUUCAACAUGAAGCAUUCCAAGGCUAGGAAUGUUAUAGAAAGAUGUUUUGGGUUGUUAAAGGGGAGAUGGAAGAUUCUUGCAUCACCAUCAUUUUUCUCCAUUCAAACCCAAAUUCGGAUUAUCAUGGCAUGUUGUCUUAUGCAUAAUUUGAUUCGCAAGUUUAUGAGCUUUGAUCCACAAGAGUCACUUAUAGCAGAUGAGGAAGAGGAAUCUGAUGGGGGAAGUGACAAUGAAGAAGUAGAGUAUAUUACGAUGACUACAAUUACUCCAUCAAUUGCACGUGGAAGAGGGAAAAACAAACAAUAUUGGACGGAUGAGGAGGUGGAAGUGUUGGUUGACGCUCUCAUAGAACUGGCUUCCGAUCCUUUAUGGAAGGUAGAUACUGGUUUUAAAAAUGGUUAUAUGAUUCAAAUACACAAAAUGGUAUUGGGUAAGAUUUCAAGUUUCAAUAAAGCAGUUAUUCCUCAUAUUGAAUCCAAGAUCAAAUAUCUUAAAACCAAGUACAAUCCCCUCUCUGAGAUGUGUAUGCAAAGUGGGUGUCAUUGGGAUGACGUGGAGCACAAGAUUAACUGUGAAAAGCAAUGGUUCGAUGAAUGGUGUCUGACUCACCCUAAUGCUGCUGGAUUGAGGGAUUUUAAAUUUCCAUAUUUGCGCAAACUGGACAUUGUGUGGGGAAAGGACAGAGCCACGGGACUUAGUGCUGAAGAUGUGGUUGACGCAAGCAUGGAUGCUAAUUGGCAAAAGAAUUUGAAUGUGAGUUCUUCCUCGGACAAUGAAGAUGAACCUGUUUUGGACAUCCUAUCACAAGGCUCACCUUCGAGUUCGUCAUGUAACAAUGGGUCGAAAAAGAGAAAAAAACUUUCACCAAGAAGGGAAAGUUUUUACAAGAAAAAGAAAGCAGCAACACCCCAACAAACCAUUGACUCGAGAUUGGACAACUUUACUAAUAAGUUUGAGGUCAUUUGUGAUCAAAUGGCAACACAAUAUGGUACUAUUACAAAUGCUUUGAUUGCAGAGUCCAAGCCAGAAUCCAUAGGUGGUGAAAAAAUGCAGGAGGUUAUUGUUGAACUACUUAAUAUUGGCAUAUCUCCAAUGGAUGUUGGUAGGGCUGCUGAAAUUUGUUACAAUGACCCUGCCAAGGUUGAAGUUAUGUUUGCAUUGCCAAGCCAUUUGCGAAGAUCCUAUGUGCUUGGAUUUAUCUAUCCAUCUUCUAUUCCAUGA